GAUGGCUUUAACACAGGAUAUAGUAAAGCCCAGGAAUAUCGUUGUGACACCAGAAAUUUCGAAUUUUAGCUUCAAUUGCUCUGUUAAACAUAAAGCGAUAAAAACAAACGAAUCAAAAAAAAUUUUCUGGUUAAAUGAAAUUGGGCCUGAGUACACAGAACACUACAGAAACGUUGGAGAUGAAACUUUUUACACAAAAAAAGCAGAUGAAUACGAAGACGAUACCUAUUUUGAGUGUGUAGAAUCUUUCAAGGAAGAAAGCUACAGAGCAGCCUUCGCUACCUUAUCGGAUUUUAAAUGUGAUGCUAAGGAAGCAGUAAAAGAAGGGGAAUCAGUUGGCUUGAAACUGUCCAUACAUUUUACCCAUUUCUCGCCAACUAUUAUAUGUGAUGUAGGCUUGAAACUUGAUAGUGCAACAACAGAUCCAUUUUACGAAAAUCUCAACUCGCCCAACGUAAAAUUACGUGGUCUCGUUACUAAUGAACUUACAAAUAUUGCGCAUAGGUCAAUGCAAGGCAGAGAAUUAAGAUGUAGAUUUGAUUAUAAACCAGAUGAGAAUAUUUUACCCAUUGAAUCAAAUCACUUCAAACUUAUACCUACUGCAGGUCGUAAUUUAUAUAUUGACGAAAAACAGCCAAAACUAACUUUUAGCAAAUUCAUCUGUAAAAAGAAUUUAAAUGUUGAGUAUUUGGAUGAUUCUGUGAAAGUAGAGAUUGACGAAGACAGAGCUAUAUGUAAAUAUGACUCCAAUCCUAACAUCGUCAAUAUAACCUUUAUCAUCAGAUAUACCAACGGAAGUCAAAUUGUUAAAAAACUGCAAUCGAGGGAGUUGAAGUUUGAAGCAUACCUUGAAAGCCCUAUCACUAUCUCAUGUACAGUAUCAGUUAUGUUUUAUGAUGGAACAACCAAAGAAAAGAGUAGCUCUUUUAGUGAAAAAAUUCGACUUGAAAACACUGACAAGUCUAGCAGUGGACUUAGCGCAAGCAGUCAAAUUGGGAUAGCUGUUGGAGUGACAAUGGCUAUUCUUGUUAUUCUUGUUGUAAUCACUGUGAUAAUAUGCCGAAGAAAGGAAAAAGAAAAAAAUAAAGAGAUGGCAAAAGAUAUUGGAUCGGAGAAAGUUGCUCGAGACCUGAAACCUCAAAAAGCAAUUACCAAUGAUUCGGAUAGAGUAGUCUGCGCCGAUGAAGAUGGCUCUGCUGUCAUUGUGGACACAAAAGCCAAUAGCCGGAAACCCUUAUACCCUCUGGAUAAUGUAAACUUAUCCUCUGGGAAUGACGGUAUAGCAUCGUCCAUUUACAGCGAAAUAAGACCACAAUUUUACGGUUUUGAAGAAGCUGCGAGUGGUGCUAGCGUUAUCUAUUCGAAUGUUGAUAAAACGACUCCACCGCCUCCAUAUAAAAUACCUUAUUCGUUAGCAUAA